AAGAGAUUGCUCCAGAUGAGUUCUCCUGGCCUCACUUCUCUUCCUUAGAACUCAGGACACAACUCAGGUUUUAGUUCUUGACUUCCUCCACCCCUCACCUGCACCCUGAAUCCCCAAUUCCUUCUUGUUACAUAUCUUCUAAUUCUGGACUCUUCCCAUUCCAGAGCAGCUCAGAUUCUGCAGGGAAUUGGGAACAGCCUGUCCUAGUCCUCUAGUCCUCAAAUUCCCAGUCCCCUGCGCCCCUUCCUGGGACACUAUGUUGUUCUCCGCCGUCCUGCUUGAGGUGAUUUGGAUCCUGGCUGCAUACGGGGGUCAACACUGGACACAUGAGGGCCCACAUGGUCAGGACCACUGGCCAGCCUCUUACCCUGAGUGUGGAAACAAUGCCCAGUCGCCCAUCGAUAUCCAGACCGACAGGGUGACAUUUGACCCUGAGUUGCCUGUCCUGCAGCCCCAAGGAUAUGACCAGCCUGGCACCGAGCCUUUGGACCUGCACAAUAAUGGCCACACAGUGCAACUGUCUCUGCCCUCUACCCUGUAUCUGGGUGGACUUCCUCGAAAAUAUGUAGCUGCCCAACUCCACCUGCACUGGGGUCAGAAAGGAUCCCCAGGGGGGUCAGAACAUCAGAUCAAUGGUGAAGCCACAGUUGCCGAGCUCCACAUUGUACAUUAUGACUCUGAUUCCUAUGAUAGCUUGAGUGAGGCUGCUCAGAGGCCUCAGGGCUUGGCUGUCUUGGGCAUCCUAAUCGAGGUGGGUGAGACUAAGAAUAUAGCUUAUGAACACAUUCUGAGUCACUUGCAUGAAAUCAGGCAUAAAGAUCAGAAGACCUCAGUGCCUCCCUUCAACCUGAGAGAGCUGCUCCCCGCACAGCUGGGGCAGUACUUCCGCUACAAUGGCUCGCUCACAACUCCCCCUUGCUACCAGAGUGUGCUCUGGACGGUGUUCUAUAGAAGGUCCCAGAUUUCAACGGAACAGCUGGAAAAGCUUCAGGGGACAUUGUUCUCCACAGAAGAGGAGCCCUCUGAGCUUCUGGUACAGAACUACCGAGCCCCUCAGCCUCUCAAUCAGCGAAUGGUCUUUGCUUCUUUCAUCCAAGAGGGACCCUUGUAUACCACAGGUGAAAUGCUGAGUCUAGGUGUAGGAAUCUUGGUUGGCUGUCUCUGCCUUCUGCUGGCUGCUUAUUUCAUUGCUAGAAAGAUUCGGAAGAAGAGGCUGGAAAAUAGAAAGAGUGUGGUCUUCACCUCAGCACGAGCCACCACUGAGGCAUAAAUUCCCUCUCAGAUACCGUGGAUGUGGAUGACUGCCCCUGUGACUGUCAGGAAGCCUCUAAAAUGGGGUAUAGGGUCUGGACAGAAAUACUGUAGGAGUAGUAGGCAGACGUCCUCCUUCCCCUGGACAUCCCCUACAGAGAGGAAUGGACCCAGGCUGUCAUUCGAGUUAAAACUGCAGAGCCUUCAGUCUCUCCAAACACGUGGGAGGAAAUGAGGAGAUCCGUGUUGUUCAAGCAGAGAACAAACUCUGUUUAGUUGCAGGGGAAGUUUGGGAUGUACCCCAAAGUCCUCUACCCCCUCACCUUUAUGGCCCUUUCCCUAGAUACACUGCAGAAUCUCUCCUUAGGAUAAAGAGUUGCUGUUGAAGUUGUAUAUUUUUGAUCCAUAUAUUUGGAAAUUAAAGUUUCUGACUUUAA